CUCACCGAAGUCGACACCACCCAGCUCAAAGCUCAUAUGCGCGAGGCCUUCAAAUGGGACUCGGAUCCAAAGGAUUUCCAGCUCAAGGCUGUUGUCGCGCAGCUCGAAGGCGUUGAUAUGAUUGUCCAAGCUCCCACAGGUGCGGGGAAGACAGCUCUUGCCGCAGGUCCGCAUGUUUGGCCCGCUUUUGCAAAGAAGGUCACCCUCAUGGUGAGUCCCCUCAUGGCUCUGGAAGAGGAGAUGGUAUGUUGCAUUCCAGUGUGCCCAGUCGACACUUUUCGUGACGACUUCGGCCUCAAGGCGGUCACACUACAUAGCAAAAAUGGCGGCUGCAGUGCAGAAGUGAUUGAGGUA